AAUCUCUCUUUGCCGCAUCUGCUAGUCUCUCUCUCUCUAAACAAGUAGAAAAUUUUCUGGGAUUAUACUAAUAAUCUCCUAUGAUAAGCAUCUUUCGGGCUGUUUUUAGGCUGCGUUGUAUAUAAAAGUUCUGAAUUUGAACCUCAUUUAUUUACAGAUUCCACUAUCGUUUACCGCCAUGAAAUUGGUGAGUCUCUCUUGCUCGUACGUAUAAGUUCAUACGUGUCUGAGCAAAGGAGAUGGCUUUUACUAUCCUCCUUGUCAUAUGCUGAAUCUAUGUGGUUUCAGAAUCUUGAUUGACUGCCCUUUGGACCUUUCGGCAAUCACAAUCUUCUCUCCUGUUCCAUAUGAUGUGGGUUUUGAAGCUUCUGAAUACCUAUCUGAUGUGCCUCUGGAUGCUCAUAAUCCAAUUCAGAAGAAGCAAAAACUGGAGAGACAGCUAACUCCUGCUGAUUUGGUCUGCGCAGAACCGUGGUACAAAACUGUGAAAGCCUUGCAUUUGUGGGAGGCUUCUUUGAUUGACAUAGUUCUGAUCUCCAACCCUAUGGGAUUGCUCGGAUUGCCUUUCCUUACCCAAAACCCUGGAUUUUGUGCCAAGAUAUAUAUGACUGAAGCAACAGCAAAGAUUGGACAGCUCAUGAUGCAAGAUCUUGUAUCGAUGCAUAAUGAAUUCCGAUGUUUUCAUGGACCCGGGUACUCCUGUUUUCCUGGGUGGAUUAAGGAUUUAGAUAGUGAAGAGGUACCAGCCUCGCUUAAAAAAGUUGUCUUCGGUGAGAGUGGUGAUGAUCUGGGCAGUUGGAUGCGUCUGUACAGUUUAGAUGAUAUAGAGAGUUGCAUGAAGAAGGUUCAAGCUGUAAAGUUUGCAGAAGAAGUUUGCUAUAAUGGGACCUUGAUCAUCAAGGCUUUAAGUUCAGGUCUAGAUAUUGGGGCUUGCAAUUGGUUGAUCAACGGACCUAAUGGAAGUCUAAGUUAUAUGUCAAGCUCCAUCUGUGUUUCACAUCAUGCAAAAAGUUUUGAUUUCCAUGGUCUCAAAGGAACCGAUGUGUUAAUAUACUCAGAUCUCUCAUGCCUCCAAUCUGCAGAAGUGACUGAGAAUGGUUGUGUUUCUCCUGACCUGGAUAAUAAUUAUUUAUCAACAAUCAGAAGUGACAAGAAGGAUGAUGACUUGGCUGCUUCAUUAUUAAACACAGAAGACAGCUUAGAAGAGAUGGAGAAACUAGCAUUUGUUUGUUCUUGUGCUGCAGAAUCUGCUGAUGCUGGUGGCUCAACCUUGAUAACGAUUACUCGAAUUGGGAUAGUUCUGCAGCUCCUGGAGCUAAUGUCAAACUCUCUUGAAUCCUUGUCUCUAAAGGUUCCAGUCUUUGUAAUAUCUUCUGUCGCAGAAGAGCUAUUGGCAUACACAAACACCAUACCGGAGUGGUUGUGUGAGCAACGACAGGAGAAGUUAAUUUCAGGAGAACCAUCUUUUGGCCAUCUUAAAUUCAUUAAAGACAAGAAGAUCCAUUUGUUUCCUGCCAUUCACUCACCCAACUUAAUAACGAGUUGGCAGGAGCCAUGCAUUGUAUUUGCUCCUCACUGGAGUUUGCGACUCGGCCCUUCUGUCCAACUUCUUCAGCGUUGGCGUGGAGAUCCAAAAUCAUUACUUGUUCUCGAGGGUGGGCUUAGUUCAGGUUUAGGACUUCUCCCUUUUAGACCGAUAGCAAUGAAAAUUCUCCAAUGUUCAUUUCUUUCUGGAAUAAGGUUGCAGAAGCUUCCAACACUUUUUUCCGUGUUGCAGCAAAAGAUUGUUUUGAUCCCUGAUGCUGUCAAUCAGAGGAUCAAUCUGGCUGAGAUGAAGACAAGCUCAAUCCUGAAUUACUCUGAGAACAAGACGCUACGCGUGCCAAGAAUUGCUGACAACCCUAGUGUAGAGAUUACAACAGACUUGGCCUCCAAAUUUAGCUGGAAAAAACUAAGGCAUCGUGAAAACUUUGGUAUUGCAAGAUUGAAAGGUGAGCUUCUGAUGGAAGAUGGGAAACACAGAUUAGUUACUGGGUUGGAGCAAGAAGAAAGUUCAGGGAAGGCUCGGCCGUUAAGGCAUUGGGGCUCAGUGGCUCCAGAAUCACUUCUGGACGCAUUACUGAAAAUGGGUAUAAAGGGAUCAAUAGAACAUAGCACUCGUGAUAAUGAUACAAAAGACAACAGCGUAAUCCAUAUCGCAAAUCCUAACAGGGGACUUGUAGAGACCUCAGAGAUUGGUACUGCUAUUAUAGCAGAAGAUGAGAAUGUAGCCUCUCAGAUCUUCCAGGCGAUUGAUGGAAUUCUUGACGGAAUUUAGAGAGCUAGUAUCAACUUUUGAUUCACCAGAGCUAUUAGUGUAAUAGAGUGACUAGUUUUGAUAAACCGUGUAAUUAUGAUUGGUUAGUUUACCCAAAAUACUCUAUGUAUGUUACGGAAUACAGAUAGUAUCUUCUAAUCAUAUUUCAUCACUAAA